CAUAUGAGUCAUUUUUCCAAAUUACUAUUUUUAAUUGUGCAUUGAAAGAAAAAUCUAUUUUAUUGUUUAUACCUUUUUUCUUAUUGAAUUAUUUAUUGUAAAAACUUGAAAAUAAUGAGUUUCUUUGGGAAAAUGUUUGGUGGUAAGAAGGAAGAAGCUCCUUCUACUAGUGAAGCAAUACAAAAGUUAAGGGAAACUGAAACUAUGUUAGUGAAAAAACAGGAGUAUUUAGAAAGCAGAAUUGAACUAGAAUUAGGCAUUGCAAGGAAAAAUGGAACAAAAAAUAAGAGAGCCGCUCUUCAAGCUUUAAAGAGAAAGAAACGAUAUGAAAAACAACUUCAACAAAUUGAUGGAACUCUUUCUACCAUAGAAAUGCAACGAGAGGCUUUAGAAAGUGCUAAUACCAACACAGCAGUCCUUACAACAAUGAAAAAUGCUGCAGAUGCAUUAAAAGCUGCUCAUAAAAAUAUGGAUGUAGAUCAAGUACAUGAUAUGAUGGAUGAUAUUGCAGAACAACAAGAUGUCGCUAGAGAAAUCUCCGAUGCAAUUUCAAAUCCAGUUGCAUUUGGACAAGAUAUAGAUGAUGAGGAUUUAGAAAGAGAAUUAGAAGAAUUAGAACAAGAGGAAUUGGAUAAAGAAUUACUUGGUGUUGGUGGUCCAAGUACUGAAUUACCAGAAGUUCCAACUGAAGAAAUUAAGUCAAAAGAAAAAGAGAAAGAAAAGAAAAAAGAGGUGGCUGCGCCUUCAGACCCCGAUAUGGACCCUGCUAUGAAAGAAUUAAUGGCCUGGGCAGAAUAAUUGAGAAAAUUGAAUAUUUUGUGUUAUUUUGAAUUUCGAAAAAGUGCAGUAUAUUUUAAAAUAGAUACUACGUUAAUGUAAUUUAAAAACAAUAGAAAUAAAUGAAAAUUUUCAAUUUUUUCCAGGUAAUCAAAAAGUGUAUAUACAAAACAUUUUUAAACCAAUAAUUUAAUUUAAAAAGUAAAAUUAAAAGAACAGCUAUGUUAAAUACUGAAAUUAAAAACAUUGCUUAAAAAGUAAUGCAAAAAAUAUAAA